GCCUCCUUCCCAGGGCUAAGGCCACAGGAAAGCGACCUUGGUUGAUUGACCAGGCCCGGGCGGCGCCAGAAGGUUAACGACCCUCUUGCCCUGUUCCUUGAGGCGGCCAAGAGCCUUCACCACACAACAGGCCAGCUGCCGGAAGUGCGUCACCCCAACCUGCUGGGGAAUGCUGGGAGAUGUAGUGAACUGGCUACUUCUCUUAUACCCCAACUUUUUCUUCAAACAGCAAACACCAUGGAACCGUAAUGAAGGUAGCUCUUAACACCAACAAAUCUAAUCCGUCCUUUUUCCAGCUGACAAAGAGAACUCUCUCAGAGCGCAUGCGGAAUAUCAGACUACAAGUCCCAGGAUGCUCUGCAAGGCACCAGGUCCGCCUGGCUACCGCCGUAGGUGCGGGCCGCAUGAAUGGAGCUUCGGGCGUAAGGCAAAGCCCAAGACCGUCUGCGCGGCCGGUACCUGCUCCCGGAGCGUGAGUGCUGGGUGUGGGCCGUGCGCGUGCGCGCUCAAAGGGGGCGCAAGGCGGGCGCGUCCGGCCGUUGCGGGCGUGUGGCUGCUGGGGUAGGCGGCUGUAGUGCCGCGCGCCCGACUGGCCGGGAGUUGCGGGGCCUUCUGCCUCGCGCGGAGCUGCGGGCAGCCGUGGCGGCCGCCGGGGACCGCAAGGGGCGAAGGAAAGCUGGGGGCGGAGGGGGCCGGCCUCGGCAUGCGGAGGAACAGCAGAGCAUGCCCCGAGACAACAUGGCCUCCCUGAUCCAACGGAUCGCCCGCCAGGCAUGCCUCACCUUCCGGGGCAGCGGGGGCGGCCGCAGCUCUUCCGAUCGCGGCGCGGCGCCAGGCCCUGAGGCGCCUGUGCCGCAGGGCUUCCCGGAGAACCUGAGCAAGCUGAAGAGCCUGCUGACACAGGUCCGCGCAGAGGACCUGAACAUCUCCCCGCGCAAGGCCACGCUGCAGCCGUUGCCACCCAACCUGCCGCCCGUCACCUAUAUGCACAUCUACGAGACUGACGGCUUCAGCCUCGGCGUGUUCUUGCUUAAGAGCGGCACAUCCAUCCCGCUCCACGACCACCCUGGCAUGCAUGGCAUGCUCAAGGUGCUCUAUGGCACCGUGCGCAUCAGCUGCAUGGACAAGCUGGAGGCAGGCAGCGGGCAACGGCCGCGGGCCCCGCCACCAGAGCAGCAGUUCGAACCGCCGCUGCUGGCCCGGGAGCGGGACGCGGUGCGGCCGGGAGUGCUGCGCUCGCGGGCCGAGUACACUGAGGCCAGCGGUCCCUGCGUCCUCACGCCGCACCGGGACAACCUGCACCAGAUCGACGCUGUGGAUGGGCCUGCCGCCUUCUUGGAUAUCCUGGCCCCGCCCUACGACCCGGACGACGGCCGGGACUGUCACUAUUACCGGGUGCUGGAGCCUGUCAGGGCCAAAGAGGCCUCCGACUCGGCCUGUGACCUGCCCCGAGAGGUGUGGCUUCUGGAGACCCCGCAGGCCGAUGACUUUUGGUGCGAGGGGGAGCCCUAUCCAGGUCCCAGGGUCUUCCCUUGAAGCCGCCGGCGCCCGGGAAUGGUGGGCCGAAGACACGCCCUACUCAGAUCUGGGCCUGGCUGGCUGCGACCACCAUAAGGGCUCUCUUCCUACCCCCAGGCAUGAGCGUUGGAUCUACUGGAACUGGCUGUAGCCGCUUCCUCAGGAGCCUGGGGAAGCGCAGGCGACUGGACUGCAGCCACCCGGCACGGUUAUGGGGGCGGGAUAGGCGGGGAAGCUAGGUUGUUUCCUGGUUUCCCGGCUCUGUCACUGCCACCCGGGUUUUGAAGGGGGGCGGGGGGCAGGGGACUUAUCUGCAGCGCUUCCAUCCUAAAGCCAUAAUGAAAAUUUUCUUUACCCCAUCGUAUACAAAAUACACUAAAUAGUUUUCUCCGCCCCCUCUUUGGGUAAAUAGGGUUUGUGUUCCACUUACGUCCUUACACCCUUUUACUCCUUACUGUUACAGUUCUAACGUAAUGACUGCAUGACCCAGUGGUUUGAAUUGUUUUUAGUUCAAGUCAUGGGUAAAAACUAGGUUUAAAGAGAUGAGCUACUAUUUAAAGUGAGCUGUCCGGCGUAAUUAAUUCAUUGUGAAAAUUAAAUCCGUUUUACUGGAGUUGGGGGAUUAACCUCCAAAAAUAACUAUGCAUAUAGAGGUCAAGAUUUAUUUUCUUCCUCCCCUUGUCCAGUAACCACACCCGGUUUACUCCGGCAGCAUCUACUAAGAAAUUCAGCACCUUCAUAUCUCAGUGACAAAUGAUCACUUAGAGCUUAUCUUCCCCAUCAGUCUCCAGGUCUCUGAGUUGAGCAGAUUCCUUGUUGCAGAUUCACUUUUAAUGCAAAAACUAUAUUAUCCUCAAGUGACUUUUUUUUUUUUUGUCUUAAUGUACUUUAAGAAGUAUUAGGGUAAUUCUCUAUUUUCUAAACAGAAGAUUCAGAGGAGCUGAAUCUGUAUGCUUCCAAACAACUGAAUGUAAAACACCCGUAGCCAGCUGUUGAAUUCUGUGCCCUUAUUUACUUCCAGUAUUUUCCUGCAAAAGUAGGGGAAAAUGUUGAUGACUGAGAUUCUCUCAGGAGCUCGACAGAGGGCUGGUGGUUCUGACUGUGUUGUUGGUGGCAGUGUUCUCAGAAUCCUUUCCCUCAAAUAGCAGAGCCAGUGCUUGCUUCAUCUAUGGUGGAUUUUCUGCAGAAAGAGAAAAGGCACAGAUGAUUAAAACUAGAGAAUUAGCUCUACUGCUGGCCAUUUUCAAGUACCAGAACUUGAGACGAAACAGUUCCCACUCCCAAUUUCUUGAACUGUUGUGCUAUUUGUGACUAGUUUUAUUUUUGUCCUUUUAAUAGGCUGAGCAGCUUUACCUUGUUUACAGUGUAUUGACACCAUUUGCUUCAGGCCAUGGAGCACUCUUGUUUCUCCCUUUUUACUAUUUAUAGGAUUCCUUUUUUCACAAAACUUUUAAUAAAAACAAACUGUAGAAAUAAACAUUAAAAUUUUCCCAGCUGUCGUCUAAGCCCUCUUGAUUGACUUGCCCAUGUGGCAAUUGAGUUCUAAUAUCUCUAAUAAAGGGAGAUUUGCUAUUGGUGGAAAGUGUUGACCCUGUAAGGAAGUGUAUGUGCCUUUGCCUCUUUUUGCAUACGGGGUUACAGAGGCCUAGAGUGAAGGAAUAUUUGUUCCCAAAUUUAAAAAUAGAAUGAAAAGGCAAAUUCUUAAAAAUUUUAUAAAAAAAAACAAAAUGAAACAUGCUAUCCAUUCUGUUUUAAAAUUUGACAUAGGCAUAAUACAUUUCUUCCAGGUUUGCUAAAAUUGUUUUAUGGUAGUGUCAUAUUUUGGUGUGGUUUAAUAUAUACCUUAGGGGCAGUUUGAGGCAGUUCCUCAUGCCAUUCAGUUUGAAAUUAAAUUUUCAAUAUGCGAAUAAUGGUUUUAUUUUUAAAAAAUUUAAAAUUUUUCACAAAAUGGGUUUUUUUCAAACCACAGUGAUGAAUGUGUGUGAUUAUCAAUCACAUAUCUACCUGUUUGGAAUUGCAUUGUAGCAAAAAGUUGACUAACUUGUCACGAUUGUUGAUAGUGAUGUAUAAUAAUACAACCUGGAGUAAAUUACCUACAAAAAUUCAUUCUGGCAGUAGGACAGUAAUAAAGGAGGAAUUGUUUUUCCAAACUUUAUUGUGAAAAAUUUUGAAGUCCUCACGUACAAGCAAAUUGAAUGAAAAAGACUAAGGUGCUUUUCAAAAGACUAACUGAAAUCAUCACAGGCCAAAACAGCAAUAUCUGUUUAAUUUAGUUCAAUAAGAACAGUGAAUCUUUUUGUUCACUAACGAGUUCUGAGUCAAUUAGUGGUAAAAACAAAAUUAACUUGUUUUAGUGAGCCACUGUUAUUACAAAGACAAAACGUGGUGCAGAAAAUCUUUGCACCUUUCUGCAUAAACUGUUAGACAUGACUUUGCUGCUGUUGUGUUUCCAGAUAUUCCUGCAAUAUGGGUGACAACUGUGGGAAAAGAUUGUCUUCUCCUACGGAGACUAGUGAGCACAAUGAUACUAACCACUUAACUUUGCUGUUGAGUAACAAAUGCAAUAAUUGCCUCUCAUGGUGAAAAGUUGUCUAAUACUCCUAAAGUUUUUUAAUUCUCUGGGUUAUAUCACUGGAGAGUAUUGUGUAUCUACCUACUAUUUUAAUGGGAAUUGAUUUUUUAUUAAGCCUGAUUUACAUGGAUUGAGUUUAUACCACUGCUGUUUAUCAAUGAAAAACGGUGAAAGUAAUGUGCGUUUGUCAGCAGGAAUGGGUUUUCUGGCCUCUUAACCCUAACAGCCCUUAACUUCUUCCCAAAUGCACACCUUUUAUUACUUCUUCUGCAUUGUCGCCUUGUAGGUGCCUUUCUGUAGGCAUCUCAGGAGGACUCUCAUCACUCAUCUAUUACAAAUGACUUGGAAUCUUGUGCUCUAGCUCUACUGCUCAAGGAAGAAGCAAUAUAUCUUUAAUUCAGGGCUCUGCCCAUUGCUAUUCAACUCUAACCUGAGAGCAGUGCCACUCCUGUAACUCCAGUGUUCUGAAUUCAGGACUUCAGGUUUCAAACAGAAACUGACCAUUGAUCAUAACCCUGCAAUGUGUGUCAAAGAAGGAAAUCAUUUGUUGAGUUCCAUAUAGUUGCUGAAUCUUCUGAUCCAGGGAUAUUUACAUUUCUGGAUUAAAAUCAGUGUACUUAUGGAAAAUAAAGGAAUGUUUGAAAUUGUGUA